AUGUAUGGACUGAUCUUAGAAAACUUAAGCCAGUACAUUAUUUCCGUAUACGGAGAGGAAAAGUGGUACGAAAUUAGGAAACUUGCAAAAGUUGAGCACACGACUUUUAGCACUCAUCAUGUUUAUCCGGACAGUUUCAUUCCUCGGUUGACGUCAAAAGCUUGCAGGGUGCUAGGAGUAUCGGAACGUGAAUUCCUUGACCAGAUGGGAGUCUACUUCGUAUCUUUCGUGGGCCAAUAUGGCUACGACCGUGUUUUGGGAGUCCUCGGUAGACACAUGAGAGAUUUCCUCAAUGGACUGGACAACCUGCACGAAUAUCUGAAAUUCAGUUACCCCCGCAUGAAGGCUCCAUCUUUCUUUUGCGAGAAUGAAUCUCCCACAGGACUCACUUUGCAUUAUCGAACGACAAGGAGAGGGUUUUUGUGGUACACGAUUGGACAAAUACGGGAAGUUGGCCGUCACUUCUACAAAACAGAGGUAGCCAUCGAAGUUUUGAAAGAAGAGACUCUCUUUGACACUCUACAUGUGACCAUGCGUCUAACUUUCGACAACAGAGCUUUCUUCAGGACCCUGGCUGACCAGCGUCGUUCUUCAUCACAGAAGGGUGGAGCAGAUGGAGCGAUGAUGCCUGUUAGAGCUUUCAUGUUUCUAGAAAUCUUUCCGUUCUGUGUGGUGUUCGACGAAGAGCUGUUAGUCAAGACCAUCGGGAAUAGUCUCCAGGCGGUGAUGCCUGAUAUCGUGGGCAAAAAACUGACUGCCGUCUUCGAUCUCGUGAAGCCGCUUAUAGAAUGCACGUGGGUGGCGAUCCACAGUCAUACGAAUAAUAUAUUCGAACUUUGCUCAGUUGACCCAAUCAAAGUUAAAGAAGAGCUUUUAGAUGACUCGUCGUCUAAUAACAGCUUCGAUACCUACCCAACAGAUGAUGACACAAAACUGGAGGAUAGACUGCUGCAUCUCAAAGGCCAGAUGAUGUACAUGGAAGAAUGGCAAAGCAUGGUGUAUCUGGGAACUCCAGUGAUGCGCGAUCUUGAUGCGAUGGUUCACACGGGGCUCUAUAUCAACGAUCUUAGCAUGCAUGAUUUCAGCAGAGAUAUGGUAUUAGCUGGACAGCAACAAUCAGCAGAACUGAAACUGGCACUAGAUCAGGAACUUCAAAAAAGCAAACAGCUGGAGGAUUCCAUGCGCAAAUUGGAUGUUGAGAUGAGGAGGACAGAUGAACUGUUGUAUCAGAUGAUCCCCAGACAAGUCGCAGAUAGACUCAGAAAGGGCGAACCGGCAUUGCAGACAUGUCAGUUCUUUGAAAGUGUCACAAUUUUGUUUAGCGAUGUGGUGAAAUUUACAGAAAUCUGCAGCCGCAUAACCCCCAUGCAGGUGGUUUCAAUGCUUAAUGCAAUGUACAGCUUGUUUGAUCAAUUGACGGAAAAGCAUAAUAUUUACAAGGUCGAAACAAUUGGAGAUGCUUAUAUGGUUGUUUCUGGCUGUCCUGAAGUUGAGGAGCGACAUGCAGACCGUGUUUGUCUCAUGGCGCUCGAUAUGGUAGUGGUGAUUGGAGGACUGGAAGACCCCUCAACGGGGGAUAGUCUCAAAAUACGAGUGGGAGUACACACCGGGGCCGUAGUUGCAGGUGUUGUUGGUUUGAAGAUGCCAAGGUACUGCCUUUUUGGUGAUACUGUUAAUACUGCGUCAAGAAUGGAAAGCACGUCUGAGCCUCUCAAAAUUCAUAUCAGUCAGAAAACGAAAGAUAGAUUGGAUCCUUCAGAAUGGGACAUCACUGAGAGAGGAACCAUAACUGUUAAAGGAAAAGGCGAGAUGAAGACAUACUGGUUGCAUGGUCGUCUGAGGCCCACAGAGAUCCUGUCGCAAUCAAGGCUACAAACCUCUCGGCUUCUGGAACCUUUAGAUGCUUCGGACAGUCGUUCCCUUUACUCACCGGUGACCUUCGAAGAAGUCUCGCGGUACUCGCCCAUCCCUUCUCCCACCAACAGUUCCCUAACCAGCGAGAUCCUCCCUCAACAGGUGGGCGAUCGCAUACGAUUAUCGAUGCCAUCACAACUUACAGUUCCGGUUAGCAAAGCUCUUAGAUAUGGAAGAAAUCCACAAGAGUUGUCCUUGGCUGUAAAAAGAGUUGCACAUUUAUCGAAUGUUGGUGUACAGACAAGUCCACCACCACCAUUCUGUCCUUCGGGAUUAUUCUCUCAUUAUUACCCCACAGUCGCAAGCCUUCCUGCUUACCCAUUUGCUGAACAAGAUCCAUGA